GCUCUUUCAUUUACCAACAGCGCCUUUCCUUUUUGUUUUCUUCUCAAACACACACACUCUCUUUCUCUAGAGUUGGCUCUUUUUACUUAUUCAGGAUUAUCUUUGCCGCCUUCGUCUACCGGUUUGUGUGAAGUCUUAGAAGACUAGUUUCUUUUUCUGUAGUGAAAAAUGAGUAGAGCAAGAAGUGGAUAUCCAUUUACAGCAACUCAGUGGCAAGAACUAGAGCAUCAAGCUCUUAUUUACAAGUACAUGGCCUCUGGAAUGCCUGUCCCUCCUGAUCUUCUCUACACCAUCCGAAGGAGCUUAGACUCUUCAAACCUCUUCCUCCACCAACCCCAACACAUUGGAUGGAACUGUAUUCAGUUGGGAUUUGGGAAGAAAAUAGAUCCAGAGCCAGGGAGGUGUAGAAGAACAGAUGGGAAGAAAUGGAGGUGUUCAAAAGAAGCCUAUGCAGAUUCCAAGUAUUGUGAGAGACACAUGCACAGAGGCAGAAACCGUUCAAGAAAGCCUGUGGAAGUAAUGACAACAAGAACUACUACUACUACUACAACAACAAUGCCCCCAACAGCAGUUCCCAUCUCAUCAAUCAAGAACAACUCAAACAACUAUUCUCCAUCUACCCCAGCUUCUUUCCCUUAUUCAAAUGAACCCCAACACUCCUUUCUCUAUCCACAUUCUUCUUCCUCUAGACCCCCUGGCAAUAUCGGUUUGUCAUCUCAAGACCAGACCAAGUUCCUCUUUUAUUCUGGUGCUUAUUCCAGAAGUGCAUCUGGUUCAAUAGAUGAUAGCAGUUGGGAACUGGCACCAUUGACAAUGGGUUCACCACUUGGCCAUUCGAAACAGAGGACUUAUUCUGCUUCACAAAUUGGGGAGUCUUACUUACAACUGCAAAGCUUCAGUGAAUCCUCAAAACAACAACAACAAAGACAAGAUCAGUACAACUAUUAUGCACUGGGAAAUGAUGUCAAGGCUAAUAUGCAUAUGAAAAUAGACACAGAAGAUCAUCAGCAACCCAAGAAAGUAAUGCAUCACUUCUUUGAUGAACUGCCACCUGAUCAACACAACAAAGACUCGUGGCUUGAUUCCAAAACCCACCUCUCAAUUUCAGUACCAGAUUCUUCACAUGACUUCUUCAUCACCCAUAAUGGGAAAUAAAUUGUGUGGAGCAUAGGCCAAAGUAGUACUUAAAUGCUGGUGGGGCGGUGCUUUCCAUCUAAGCAUUCUGUAUGCAUAUGUACUGUGUUCUUAAACUGUUUUUCUUUUUCCUUCUUUUUUGUCCCGAGGACAAGAGCUAUGAUAUGUGAUAUUGUGAUUUCAAAUUCUGUGGAGAACAAAAAUUAGAGUAGAAAAACAGUUUUUAAAAAAAUAUUUUACUAUCCACUAA